AUGUCUAGUGAUCUUGAAAUUGAUGUAAUGCGUGAAUCAGCUGCAUCAGUCGUGACUAUUUUAAAAUCUUUAGCCAAUACAGAUCGCUUACUAAUUUUAUGCCAUCUUGCUCAAGAAGAGUUAAAUGUUUCACAAAUAGAAGAAAAAACUCAGAUUAAUCAACCGACGCUUUCUCAACAAUUGAUGAUGUUACGUAAAAGUGAUGUUGUUUCAACACGUCGUGAUGGGAAGCAAAUUUAUUAUUCCAUUAAAGAUCAAAAACUGAUGGUGUUCCAAUGGCUGCCCCAAAAGUUCAACUCAGUAAAAUACUCCCUGCAUGGCAAUGGCUGCAAGACUAUAAUGUCCCUAAAUUUAGGGCUGAUCUACUUGCUGCUUUAA